CAGGAGUUACUGUCAGAAGAAGACAGGAGGAGACUGUACUUAAUAUCUCUGACGUUACAUCUGACUCUUAGAAAAGGACUAACCAAGGACCAGCCAAGCCAUGGGUUCCCGCGACGUAGGAGCCGAAACGGGCACCCUGCAGUUCACGUACUCCUACCCGUUGUACGAAGUCGACGAACCCGACGGGACCAAGAAUACCAUCGCUCUCAACUCCAUCGCCAUCGGCCUCAUUCUCUUCCUGGAGACGCUACUCGACGAGGGCCCUGCGACCACCACUUCUAGGGGCAGGGCUGAGAGGAGCAUCCAGGAGGACCAGCUGGAGAUCUUCCGGCAGAUCGAGGACAACAUCAGCAGCUUGGGCGUGGAUGGGCGUGCGUGCGUCCUCAGGUUCAUUUGCGAGAUGCAGACUAAUAAGUUCUCUAGGGCAUCCCUCUUCGGCGAGCUCUUCACUCUGCUCUUCACACCCAAACCUGGAGGCGACUACACGGUGCUGAAGGAGUAUAUCGCCGCCGAGGAAGAAGGUCGUCAGGAGGGCAAGGACUCGGCUCGCUGUGCCCAAAAAUACCGGAUGUGCCCUCUUCCUGUUUUCGCCCCCCGGAACUCAGGGCGACGCGUGGCGAGUGCCACGAACACCCCCGAUUCCCUCCCAGGGUAUCCUACCUGAAGGAUAGCGUGCCCUGGGCAUGGGACACGUCUGCGGGCGAAGGGUAUUAGCUGGUCGGGCAUUUGGCUGUGCGUUGGUGGGGGCGGGUGGGCUAUUAGUCAUUACGGGACAAAUUUCUUUUCGCAUAAUUAAUUACCUACUUCUAUUUCGAUACCCACCUCACCCCCUUCUCUCAUACACAUAUAUGUAUAUAUGUGUAUGUUAUAUGUAUAUAUGGAUGCAUAUAUAUGUAACAGGGACAUUAUUGAUUUUUAAAAUUAUUAAGAUUCUUCUAAGAUGUACAAAUGGACAGCAUGAAAGAUGUGUAAAUUUUUCGGGUCUGUAUCUUUUUGACAGACAGUAUGUUCUUUAAUAUUAAGUAAUUUAUUGAUGUUAUUUCUGUUUAUUUACGCAUGUAAUAAUAUUGACAAAUCUGUUGUAUUCUGUACUGCUGGCGU